AUGGCGUCGGUACGAUCAGCUUUGAGACCCUGCAGCAGUAUCGCAAGGCGGUCAACAUGCAGUGCGCAUGCGACGGCCCUGUGCAUCUCUCAGCGACAACUUUCGACGACCCCUAGGUCGCAGGCCGAGGCCGCCAGCAAAGCGCCACCUCGGCGCAAGCCCUUGACCCAGGAGCAGCGUGACUUCUUGUCCUCAGCCCUUCGAGUGAACCAAGCCGGAGAGCUUGCCGCGACGCUCAUUUACACUGCUCAAACCCCACCGAUCGUCAACCGACACCCGCACCUCCGACCCCUCAUGGCGCAUAUGUACGACCAGGAGGAAGGACAUCUCAAAACCUUCAACUCCCUGAUUCACAAACACCGAGUGCGCCCAACAGCGAUGUACCCUCUCUGGCAGGUUAUGGCAACAGGCCUGGGCUGGAGCACAGCAGUCAUGGGUCGCGAGGCGGCCAUGGCAUGUACGGAAGCCGUGGAGACGGAAAUCGGAGACCAUUACAACAAUCAGAUCCGCACGCUGCUGGAGAUGGUAACGGAGUGGGAGGCAGAAGGUUACGAGGUCGGACCUGAGUUCUCGGAUCUCAUCAAGACGUUGCGGAGAAUCAGAGAUGAAGAGUUGGAGCACCUGGACCAUGCUGUCGAGCACGAUGCUAAGAAAGCAGAGCCGCAUUGGCUGCUUACAGGCGUUAUUCGGGCAGGCUGCAAGGGUGCCAUCUGGGUCAGCGAAAAAAUAUAA